AGUGGAUGAUAUGCCAUUAUUUUGGGGUUAAGAAUUGCACCUUUUUACCCUUUAAGGUUGCUCUUCCACAGACAUCAGUUUUGGGACUUUUCCUUUUUAACUUCACUUCUAUAUUUUGCCUCAUAAAAACUUGCAAAGAGAAAGCUUCUGAGUUUUUGCCAAUUUUGAGAUAUGGUUAGAGGGAAAACACAGAUGAGGCGUAUAGAGAACGCCACAAGCAGACAAGUCACUUUCUCUAAGAGAAGAAAUGGUUUGCUCAAAAAAGCUUUUGAGCUUUCUGUUCUAUGUGAUGCUCAAGUUGGAUUGGUUAUUUUUUCUUCAAGAGGAAAGUUAUAUGAAUUCGCCAGCUCUAGCAUGCAGGAGAUAAUAGAGCGUUAUAAGAAGCAUCCUAAAGACAGAGUUCAACCUGAAAACCAAGUUGGGGCACAGCAUAUGCAGCAAAUGCAGCAUGAGGCAGCAAGUUUAAUGAUGAAGAUAGAGCUCCUUGAAACAUCACGAAGGAAAUUCUUGGGAGAAGGUCUCCAGUCCUGUACCCUUCAAGAAGUACAACAGAUAGAAAAACAGUUGGAACGGAGUGUCAGCACCAUACGUGCACGAAAGAUUCAACUUUUUAAGGAGCAGGUUGAGCGACUAAAAGAAAAGGGGAAAAUCCUUGCUGCUGAAAAUGCAAUACUGAGGGAGAAGUUUGGUGGCCUUCAACAGAGAGAAACACCAAGUGAAGAGAAGGAAGGAGAAGCUGUUUGUACAGAUGGUAGCGAAAAAUCAGAUGUUGAGACUGAAUUGUUUAUAGGACCACCGGAGUGCAGAGUAAGACGUCUCUAAAAGAAUUGAUCUUGUUGCCUAUCUGCAGUUAAAAGGGGUAUAUAAUCAAUUGUCAAAUAGUCUUCAUGCUAUAUAAUUGUGCAUUUGAGCAAGCAAACUAAUUAGGCUUAUGUCUCGAUGGACCUUUUGAUUACUUCUGAUAUGGUUUGUACUAAGGAUGUGUAUUAAUUAUAUCUCGUUUGAUCGACA